UUCCGCUCGGGGCGGUGGCGGUGGCGGAAGUGGGAGCGGAGCCGGAGUCUUGGCCAUAAAGCCCGAGGCGGCGGCCCCACUGGUGCUGGAGUCUUAGAGAACGCUGAAGGGAUCGUUGAAAUCGGAGCUUGGACUUCUCUCUCCCUCUCUUCCCUUGCGUCUGCUUUUUCGCAGGAGAUCUCGUGACCCGCCCGGCCCGGUGCCCCCAGCGGAGCGGCCGAGACUCAAACUGGAUCUUACUUCAUCAGCUCUCCUGCUUCUCAGGUCUUUAGACUACAGAUCUUGGGACUUCAGCCUCUGUAAUCAUUUUGAAGGAUGACCUCUAGGAAGAAAGUGUUGCUGAAGGUUAUCAUCCUGGGAGAUUCUGGAGUCGGUAAGACAUCACUCAUGAACCAGUAUGUGAACAAGAAAUUCAGUAAUCAGUACAAAGCCACAAUAGGAGCAGACUUUCUGACAAAGGAAGUGAUGGUGGAUGACAGACUAGUUACAAUGCAGAUCUGGGACACAGCAGGACAGGAACGGUUCCAGUCUCUUGGUGUGGCCUUCUACAGAGGUGCAGACUGCUGCGUUCUGGUGUUUGACGUGACUGCCCCCAACACAUUUAAAACCCUUGAUAGUUGGAGAGAUGAGUUUCUCAUCCAGGCCAGUCCUCGGGAUCCUGAAAACUUUCCUUUCGUGGUGUUAGGAAACAAGAUUGAUCUUGAAAACAGACAAGUGGCCACGAAACGAGCACAGGCCUGGUGCUACAGCAAAAACAACAUUCCCUACUUCGAGACCAGUGCCAAGGAGGCCAUCAACGUGGAGCAGGCGUUCCAGACAAUUGCACGGAAUGCACUUAAACAGGAAACAGAGGUGGAGCUGUACAAUGAAUUUCCUGAACCCAUCAAACUGGACAAGAACGACCGGGCCAAAGCCUCGGCAGAAAGCUGCAGUUGCUGAAUGGGCAAUGAGAGCGAGAGCAGGGCACAGAGCCCUUCACAAACCAAGAACACACUUACGCCUUCCAACACAACCCCCCUCUCCUCUUUCAGACAAAACAUAAAGUGAUCUUUCAUAAUCCAGCUGCCAAAAGAAACCCCACCAAACACACUCACCCCUCCACACACAGAUCUGACACAAGCAGACAGACUCCAGCAGCCCCGGAAUGUGAUGGCUCCAUCAGGGUUUCCCUACCUACUAUAUGAGCCCUCGUGUGGCAGUAGGAUGGGCCAGCUGUAGAAAUUGUUCUGGUGUAGAGUCGGCAUCAGAAGCUUAUUUUCUUUGCCCACCAGGGAGACACAACUGUUUACAGAUAAUGUGUGUCUAAUUAGUUACCUGAAUUUUUUAAGGGUCUUGUGAUCUUUUUACCCCAUCCCUACCCUCCUCUUGUGAAGGCUAUCACUUGGGAAGGCUGGUGCCCCAUGCUUCGUUACAGGCUCAUACCCAGUCUGAUCAGGCUGAGUUUUGUAUGUAUCUGUUAAUGCUUGUUACUUUUAACUAAUCAGAUCUUUUUACAGUAUCCAUUUAUUAUGUAAUGCUUCUUAGAAAAGAAUCUUAUAGUACAUGUUAAUAUAUGCAACCAAUUAAAAAUGUAUAAAUUAGUGUAAGAAAUUCUUGGAUUAUGUGUUUAAGUCCUGUAAUUCAGGUGUGUAAGAUGGAGGGUUGAACCCUGUCUGGAUUGCAGUGUUAGGAACUCAGAAUUCAGAAGUCCAGCUAGAGGCAGUAUUCUGUACAGUAGGCACAAGAAUUAUGUAUGCCUUUUAUCAAAGACUUAAGAGCCAAAAAGCUUUUCAUCUCUCCAGAGGGAGAACGUUCCCUUCUGCAUCUAAAUUUUCCAAAAGGUUGAUUUGCAUAAUAUAGUGGUGUGUGCAGUGGAUAGAUGACUGUUCUUAAAAUUCUCAUCAAACCCCCCCCCCCUUUUUUUUCCCUGUUUCACACUUAGAAACUACCCGUUAGAUCAGCAUCCUACUUACAUAAGAGGAAAAGGAAAUUCCUGAAACAGAUCUGUCCUAGUGAUUUUUACCUUUGUUCUAGAAGGCACUCCUUUCAGGGUUGUGGUAUCCUUAGGUUUGCAAACCUUUUUCUCCUUUCCCUAUUGACUCCCCAGUAUUGCUCAUUAUUAAUUAACCGGUUUCUUUGGUAUGAAACCCUGGCAGUUCUGCACCCUCCCUAGGAUCUGCCCCUGCAUUGUAGCUUGCUUAACAAAGCACUUUCCUCUUUUCCAAAGGUCUACAUUCUAGGGUGUGGGCCAAGUUCUUCUGUAAAGAGAUGAACCGUGAUGCCAAUAAAAUGUAACAAGAGCAAA